AUGAUUUCUACUGAAAAAGAUUCUUAUUAUAAAUGUCGUGAAUGUAAAUUACAUUAUGUAUGUAAACAAUGUUCAAAUGUACAACAAAUACAUAACUUCAAGAAAAUUAAAAAAGAACAGAAACAAAUAGAAGAUUUAGGCGUGAAAUUAGCUGAAACUAAUUUGGCAGCGGCACCGUUUCUUACCGAACCAACGGGUUAUUGUGAACAUUGUUUAAAUCUACUAUAUCCAAAUAAAGAUCGAUAUUAUUCAUGUCAACAAUGUCCAAAUGGUUUUGAUGUUUGUACGAAAUGUAUAAAUUUGAUGAAAACUGAACAUGCACCACAACAUACAUUUAAAAAAGAUAAUUAUUCAUUGGAUGAACAUAUGAUAAUACAUUAUAAUACAUUAUGUGAUGGUUGUAAAGCAGAAAAUUUUAAAGGUAUUCGAUAUCAUUGUGAUGAAUGUCGUGAAAGUUAUAAUUUAUGUGAAUCAUGUUAUCAAAAUGCAAAUAAAUUACAUCCUAAUCAUAAAUUCACAAUUGUUCAAGCUCCAUUAUUACGAAUUAAUAAUUAUAUGUUAUUGGCUGCACGUGCAACAAAAGUACUUGAAAAAUUUCCAGAUCUACAAUAUGAUCCUGUAACUGGUUAUUCAUUGAUAGAUGCACAACAAGUAAAAGCUCAAGAAGAAAAAAAUUCAGAUCAGUUUUGGCAACAACGUUUACAAGAAGCAAAACGUGCUCAAGAACUUCAGAGACAAAUAAACAAAAUACAACUACAGAGUGCACAGAAUAUACGAGCCAUAAUAGAUCCAAAUUAUCAUAUAAUGGAAAUGAGAAACAAUGAUGAUUAUUAG